CAGGAAUGCGAAUUCAAUUAUCGCAUGUGCCCAAUGUCGCGCGGAUGUUGGGUCCAGACCGUUCAGUGACAUACCUUCCCCGAUAUGGAAACCGGCUUGGUCUGGAUUUCCGAUCAUCGAUUUCUUUUCCAGCCUGGGACGGAGCUUCUUGGCAACCACACUCUCCGUUUCGCAUAAACCCCUCGGCUCAGAGUCACAGCGAUCAGAAGACGCACGGCGGCCGUGGAAUGUUGAUGAUUUCGAGCGACCUAAGCGCAACAAGAGGUACAGGAGUUGGGGGUGGAAUGGAAUGGGAGGGCGUGUGAGCUCAUCCCGCAGCGGCAAUCGCUCAUGACCGCAUCCUCUGUACUCCACGGCACGUCUUCGCGGAGAUGUCAAAAUGAAUUACCAGGCAGGCUGCUCGAGCACUAGCUCCUAAAGCCUCUUGAGAUCGCCAACUUUUAACCGCACGGACCGAAAUGGAAGUGCUCACCACCCUCCCCCCAUCAUGCCUUUUGUCGACAUCGUCAGCUCUGGUGGUCCUCUGAGCGUGGCGUAUACGAUCUCCACGCCUUCAGCCGCGUCCGCCAAGAGUGUCGUUCCUGGCUUACCGGUCGUGGUGUUCCUCCAUCCAGUUUUCAUUGGGCAGCAUGGGUUUCACCCCCAAUUCGCGGACCCACAGCUUAGGCGAUUCAACCUCGUCGCGCUCGAUCUCCGCGACCACGGCGCAUCUGUCGGAACGGUCAAGGACGAUUACGGCGUCGCGUCGGCGGUGGACGAUGUGGUCAAGUUCCUGGAAGCACUGAAGCUGCCCCCGGUCCAUCUUGUCGGGGUCAACUAUGGAUCGCUCAUCGCGCUCGAACUGGCGGCCUUAUGGCCCCAACGCGUCCAGUCGCUCACCCUCGUCUCGCCACCGGCCAUGGAGGAGCCUGAAGACGUUGCCGAGGGCCGGAGGGAGAUCUACGCGUGUUGGCAAGCGGGAUUCCCACCCGGCCAGCCGCCAGAUGAAAUAGCACUCCUCGACGCUGUAUGCGGGGCGCUUCAAGUCGGGACCAACAACCAGCAGUCGCCCCUCAUAUCCGCUCUGACGAAAGUCACCCUCGCUGCGGCGGCACACAACUGGAGCCCGCCGAGGUUGGAAGAGCUGUUCUGCGCCACCGCGCUGUUUUUCAUCAACCGGGACCGGCCGACAUUGGAAGGGAUCACUGCCCCGGUGCUCCUCGUGCAUUGCGGUGAAGACAUCGCGUAUCCCAGGGCAACGACCGUGGAGCUUAAACAUGCUCUCGAGAGCGCCGGGGUUGCCCAUGUGAAGCUGGAGGAUGUUCCUGGUGCUGUCCAAUGGGGUCAUCUCACACAUCCCGGAGAGAUCAACAAGAUGAUUCAUGACAUGGUCGUUGAUUGCGCGAUUGAGAAGGAUGUACCGCUCGCGCCUCGGAGUGUUGUGUCCCCGUUUGGCGAGGAUCUCGGUCAAGCAGGGUUGCGUGGGGAGGAUGAGGAGUCAGACGAUGACGAAUCAUCUUGAAUGUCUUCUUCUCUCUGGUUUUUUUAUGGUCCCUCGGCAUGAUAUACCCACCUUCGACACGCCCAAUGUAACAGUGCCCUGUGUGCUUAUCAUAGGGUGAGGCACAUUCUCCGGGGUGUGUAUGAUGCGCCCUCGACAAUCCAAGCUAUUCCGAUUCCGAUUCGAGUCCUAGAAAGCAUAUGAAACAGUAUUGGACUGAAGAGCUCUCUUGCCGGCUGUUUUAUUCAUCUCUAUCUCAAUAACUCUCAUUUCACGUGAUCGCGUUUGGCCGGCCCGGCUCGUCUUGCUGUGUCUGUCGCAAUCAGGUUGCUGUGUGCCAAGAAUUCACUGAGCGGAGCACUCAUUCGAUUACGAGUAUCCUGUCUUCAACGCAGGGUAAUCGGUGGCCGCAACUGAUGGUGCUUACUCUACUUCAACCCGGGAAUCUCCGUAAGGCGGUGCAUCAAGCGCGUACUUGCUUCUGGCAACAACCACAUCUGCCUGUGGCGUGCAUUAGACGCUUUGGGCUCACAUGAGCAGCGGUUCUGGACGGAUGGAUAGGGCCCCCAUCGUGAUCGAGUUGAUGGAUAUCCGCGCGCGAGCGGCACACUAUACUUGGCUAUGUGACGGCGUCAACGACGUCAGCGCGCGGCUUUGGGGCGUCAGCCACUCUCUACGGCGCACUCUCUCCCCUCUCUGCGACGGCGCGCUCCAUGGUAUGCCGCUCCCCCUUGGCCUCAAGGUCGCAUGGCUGGCGCUCUCUGGCUCCGGUGUAAUUAGUUGCUGGGCCGUGCUUAUCCCCCUGGCGUGGAGAAUGCAGAGUUAUUGGGGCCCAGUCGGAUACGCACUGGGCGUUACCGUCCUCGAGGGUUCUUUUAUCUUGGGGAUGUCACGGCGGGGGCUAGAUCCCCAGCGGUCCCCGGUGGGCGUUUGUCUCGCACAAGUGCUCGUGAUCGGAUUCUCGACGUUCUUCAUAGCAGGGAUCCUGGCGGCUCUGACGACGGCUACGACGAUGCACAUCGCAAAGCCAAAACGAUGGGGUCCUGGAUCGGAUGUCAAUGUUCUCAGAUGGAAGAGCCACUACAUUCUUCCCGUCCUUCUCUUUCCUGUGCUAGCAUCCGCUGUCCAGUCCACCCUCGUGCUAUUCUCGGCCACGUUCGGUGAAGAGGACAGCCUCACGUGUAUUCCAUCUCCUCUAUGGCUCCGCUUUGUCGGAUAUGCGGGCACACCUCUGCUCAUAACUCUCCCCUGCCUAUGGCUCACUUGCCUGUCCGCCUGGAGGAUCUGGCGGACCCAUCGACACAUCUCACGGUCGCGGAGAUCAAUCCAGUUUGACAAUCUCGACAAGUACACGGUCGUACCGCCCCGCCGGCGUCCCUCGAAACACGAGUCCAAGUCUGGCGCAUCUAGAUCGACCGGAACCCGCCCGCCAACGCCACGAGCAGUGACGUUCCCUUCUCCGCCUGUUUCUUCGACCAUCCGCAUGACACGCGAGCCGCGGAGGCAGCCGACCAGCCUGGCUGUGCGCGAAAAGCGGACGAAGAGCUUCCACCUACCCUUCGUCCCGAGCUCCUUGGGCGGCGGCAACUCCUCGAGGAGGACGUCGUCAGACGCCUUGCAUUCGCAUCCGUGCGACGAAUCAUUCGGCACCAUCUCGAGCAUCUCGUUUGUGGAGAUGAAGCCUGCGCCCGCGGUUACGAGGGGCACGCCGGCCGAUGUCAGCCCGACUCCGUUGAGGUCGAUUCCGCUGUCUGAAAGCCCGCUGAACAAUACCGAGCGGACGCCGACGUCGAUCCGGGACAACGGCGAUGGGCGGCGAAGUUCGAUCAUGGAGAUCGCGCGGUAUGUGUAUCACAGUGAGCCCCGACGGCAGAGCUCGGAGGCGGAGGCUGCUAGUCGCGAUAAGUCUACCCCGGCGCGCUCGUCGCGCAUCUCACAGUCAGACUCGGAUUGGCAAGACGUCACGUCGGAGAUAUUCUCCGACGCGACUACGUCUGAUCUGGCCGCUUCCUCGCUGGAGCUCGGAUAUCACUGGCAGUACCACCAACCGAGCAAGCUCUCCCCAAUGCUGCGCAACAUUGUCAUCUUCCAAUUUGCGAUCAUCGCCACACACAUUCUUUCAGUGAUCACACCCCUGGUCGAUCUUUCGAGGACAUCACCCUCGGAAUUCGGGACACAGCAUGUGGCACUGGUCCUUGCUGCCUGGAUUCCGGUGGUUGUAUUCGGCGCAUACCGGGACGGGCAUGAGAAGAGGACCGAGAUACAAAAUGUGAACUGGCUGGCGGCCUUCUUGAUCGACUUGUACUGGCAGGAAACCAGCGGGGUGUGCUCGACGCAGAGGACGCACGAAUACGGAUACGAAUACGAACACGACUAUCAGCAUGAGCUCGAGCAGGACUCCUCAACCCAGCCGACACGGUACGGCCUUGCGACGGGGCAAGGCGUGUCUCAAUUGUCGUGCUCGUCUGCUCGUCUGACUUGUGAUUCUUUGCCGCAAUCAAGAAGUGUGACGGUGAGGCGAGUCCGACCAUGCUUUCAUCCCGCAACCUCGGAUUUAACCCCCAUCGUGCAGCGGCCUAUCUGUGGGCCGUGCACACGCGUGCCGAAAGACGACCCCUGCGAGUUUACGGACGAUGGGACGUCGCGUACGGUCGAGCUAGAGAACACGAUCGUCCGUCUGCAGUCUCGGAUCGACGAACUGGAGGACAAGGAUCUUCCACCGCGUGUGGCACACCCACUGUUCGCGACUGCUUCCACUCCUGGCAUGGCAACUUGCUCACAAAUCCACAGACUGGAUGCUUUCUGGCCGCAUAUGACGGAGGUCGGAUACUUCCUGCACCCAUCUCGUUUGCAGGACGUGUCAAGACCACCACCGGCUCUGCUUUUCGCCGUGUACGUCUGGAGUGCCCAGCUGACCGGCCAGUCGGACAUGGAAUCGACAUUUCUGCGGCGCGCUCAGACACACCUGGCAACAGAAACUUCGUCGGCAUCCUUCUUGUAUACGAUCCAAGCACACGUUUUGCUGUCGACCUAUAUGCUGCGCAGCUGCAGACUGGUGGAAGCCGAAUACUACGCUAGUGGGGCUGGGUCCCUGGCUCUGGGAUACCACCUAAACGCGUCUGGUCAUUCUCCCCUGGACGGAGAGCAGAUCCGCGGGUUCUGGGCUGUCCUCACGCUUCAAAGCAUGCUCGGGAUUGCGAUCUCGAUCCUGGAUGCACCCGGCGUUGAGAUCUCCACGCCGAUGUCAGGAUGGGAGGAGGGGUACUCUGGCUCCGCUCAAACCUUGCAGGCGUUCCUGUACGAGGACGUCCCGGGUCCACUGAGCGCUGCUACAUCCCAGGCGGCCGUAUUGCUGCAUUACAGCAGGCGCCAGACUGCCGGUGCUGACAUCUCGUGGCUGGACUCCCGCAUCGCGCGGUUUUGGAGGUCCCUUCCUCCCAUUGCUAGCUACCCCCUGGCGCAUGGCCUAGCCGCCGCAGCGACCAUCCAUCUGCAUCGUUUCCGGGCCACGGCGGACUCGCGCGGGAAGCGUAUCUACGCUGCCACCAGCCUUGUUGGCGGCCCGCAUGCCAUGGAUCCGGGCAUGCCGGCACUGAUUGCAUUGGGGUGCGACGUGUUGAUAGACGAGAUGCGGGAGGCUGAGAGUGGCGGCGGCUCGUUGCUCUUGCUUGAGAGGCUGCAGGCUGGGAUUGCUGUGCUGCGGUUGUAUGCGGAGACCAGUCCGCUUGCGAGAUAUAAUCUGGGACGCAUCUUACAGCAACAUGCCGCGUUUUAGAGAGAAGUUAUGAGAUGCUGUAAAUCGCUAAAACAGAAUAUCAUAACAUAUGUUUGAGUCCCUUCUCGCUCGUGGAUAGGAAGGAACACACAGCAGUGCUGCCUUCAAUUGGAUAAAAGGGCGUCUUUCAAGACUCCGAUACUUGCACGCGGACGCAGAAACCCCCAGGUUGAUCUUACCUUGCCUGCCAUAACCGAGAUUUGUCUCAACUUGUACGGAAUUCAUGUGAUCUGCGGCAGCCUCUCUGAGCCACGGCAAUCACGAGCCACGGCAA